AUGCCGCACAUCGACGAGGCAAUCACCCCAGAGGCGACGGAGCUUUGGAGGCCCUCAUCCCCGGAGACAACGCAGAUCUGGGACUUUAUGACCAGAGUAAACAAGAAGCAUGGUCUUUCGUUGAACAAUUACAAUGCACUCUGGCAGUGGAGUGUCUCCGAGCCUGCCAGUUUCUGGGAGGAAAUUUGGAACUAUACGCACAUCAAGGCUCACGAGCCAUACAAUCAGGUUCUGGAGCCAACACGACUAAUGUUCCCUCGACCGGAUUUCUUUGAAGGCUGCACGCUAAACUUCGCCGAGAAUCUCUUGUACCCGGCCUGCGCCCCAGAUGAGGACUCCAUCGCUGUGAUCGGUGCCACAGAGGCAGAUCGUGAAUUUAUUUCGUGGAAGCAGCUACGUGAGCGUGUACGCAAGUGCGCCAAUGCUUUGAAGGAAGCUGGUCUGAAAACUGGUGAUCGCGUGGCAGGCUUUGUCGGGAAUCACGCCAAUACCGUCGUGGCCAUGCUAGCCGCCGCCUCUAUUGGUGCUUUCUGGACCGGUGUGUCCCCAGAUACUGGUGUCCAUGCCGUUGUGGAGCGCCUGAAGCAGGUUGAUCCCAGAAUCCUGUUUGCGGACAGUGCUUCGCUCUACAAUGGAAAGGUCCACGGGUCACUCGCUAAGGUGCGCGAGAUCGUCUCAGACUUACCUGGUCUGGAGCUUCUGGUAGUGUUUGAGACCACCAAAUUGCUGGAAUUUGAAAUUAAAGAGGUUCGCCCUUCAAAUGGAAGGGCCAUUACAUAUGGCGAGUUCCAGAGCGCGGUCCGUGACGAGAAUGCGCCUCUGAAUUUUGCAAGCUUGAAACCUGAACAUCCUGUCUACAUCCUAUACUCAUCCGGCACAACAGGCGCCCCCAAGCCUAUCGUGCAUGGGUCGCUGGGUACACUACUACAGCAUAAGAAGGAACACGUUCUUCACUGUGAUAUUCGACCAGGUGAUCGCUUGUUCUACUUCACAACCACAACGUGGAUGAUGUGGCACUGGCUUGUGUCAGGCCUAGCCAGUGGUGCGACUAUUGUUCUAUAUGACGGUUCCCCAUUUCGGCCAUUUGAUGUCGAAGGAGGCAAGGGAGAGAUGGCCAUGCCGCGGCUCAUCGAUGAGCUUCAGAUCACCCACUUCGGCACUUCGGCCAAGUAUCUGUCCAUGCUGGAGCAAGCGGCAUUGAACCCCCGCAAGCACGCCCAUCGGCCAGUAUCUUUCAAGACCCUUAAAGCCAUUUUUAGCACAGGGUCUCCCCUGGCUCCGUCGACUUUCGAAUACAUCUACUCUUCCAUUCACCAAGAUAUCAUGUUGGGCUCCAUCACUGGUGGUACAGACAUUCUUUCACUUUUCUGCUCCGGAUGUCCAAUUCUUCCUGUCUACAAGGGUGAGAUCCAAUGUCGUUCUCUAGGAAUGGCCGUUUCCGUUUUUGAUUAUGCCGGCAAUGACAUUAGUGCCUCGGGUGAGCCGGGAGACCUUGUUUGCACCACACCAUUCCCCGCGCAGCCUGUCAUGUUCUGGCCUCCUGGUCCGACAGGUUUAGAGAAAUACCGAAAGAGUUAUUUCGACGUAUUUGGCCCAUCGGUAUGGCAUCACGGUGACUUUGUCCGCUUGAACCCACAGACUGGAGGUGUGGUCAUGCUGGGCCGGAGCGACGGGGUGCUCAAACCAUCAGGUGUUCGGUUCGGAAGUGCAGAGAUCUAUAAUAUAAUCAUAAAGUAUUUCGCAGACGAGGUUGAGGAUUCUCUGUGUGUUGGUCGGCGGAGAGAGGGUCUCGACACGGAUGAGACUGUUGUUCUCUUCGUGAAGCUAGCACCUGGCAGCCCCUCUGACCUAAAGGAUCUUUCGGCACGGAUUCAGGCUGUGAUUCGCAAGGAUUUAAGUGCUCGGCACGUCCCGGGUAUUAUUGAUGCCUGUCCAGAAAUUCCAGUGACUUCCAAUGGCAAGAAGGUCGAGAGUGCUGUCAAGCAGAUCCUCUGCGGACUCAACAUCAAGAUCGGUGCCAGUGUGGCCAAUGCGUCUUGUCUAGAUUGGUAUCGUGACUGGGCUUCAGGGCACUCAUAA